CAUGACGCCUGACUGAUAAUCUGUGUCGUGUAUUUGCCUGACGUACAGACAAGCCAAGAAUGCGAAUUUGGAAUUCUUCGUUCAGUGAUUCGAUUGAAGUGCGCGGUGUAUCGUCCUUGAAUGAGGUGCUGGAUCACGUGCGAAAUGACUACCAUGUGCCUCCUUCUGUUCCAUUGAACAUCGCCCUUGUGGAAGAUGGCACAAUAGUUGAUGACGACGAAUACUUCGGAACCCUUGCGAGGAAUUCGGAAUUAGUUUUUCUUUCGCCAUGGGAAAAGUUCAACCCAUGGCUUCGUAAGCUCAGAGAUGCAUUUUCCAGAGAUCCACAAAUAUCAUCUAUGGAGCGUGUCGUGGGGGAUUUCCUUAGUCAGAAGCGUGAAGCCAAGACGAAGCUAUUAAAUUCUUAUGUAUCAAGGCUGCCUGUGAACCGUUCUUUGAAUUCUCGUGAAGAGGAUCCUAGUUGGUUCCAGGGAUUGCCGGGUAGAUUCAAAAGUAAAGAUCAAGUCAUGAAAGAUAGGGCCAGAAGUCGGAUGAGGAACUAUUUGCGUGAGACGAAAGAGUAUUUGCGGAACCGUUAUUCUGUGAACGAGAAAGAAGUGCAGUUUUCCUUUUCCAUCAUCCGUGAGUUGACUGAUAUGUUGAAGGAGAGAGAUUAUCAUGGCCAUUAUUUUAAUCGUGAGGAACUCGCUAGAGAUUUGCGGUUAUGUGACAGCCACGGGUUUUUUACGAUGGCUCUGAGUGUCCUGGAGUUGUUUUCGGGAAUCGGAGGAAUGCAUUGCGCGUUAAAGGCAUCUGCGAUUGAUGCUAACGUUGUGGCCGCUGCAGAUAUUCAUCCUGUCGCGAAUGCAGUUUAUUCACACAAUUUCCCAUCAGUUCCAGUCCUAAAUAAGAACAUCGAGUCCUUCGACAGUGAAAAAAUGCUCAAAGAAAUCGAUUUGGUGACUAUGAGUCCUCCAUGCCAGCCUUUUUCACGACUGGGUUUGCAGCGUGGUUUAGUUGAUGCGCGAACAAAAUCAUUAGUAGCUGUCAUUGAAGCAUUCAGAAAAGUGAAACGGGCCGUUCCGUUUAUUUUCUUGGAAAACGUCAAAGGAUUUGAGGAGUCCAGUGCGAGAGAGCUUUUGUUGGAAGUUCUGAAGGGGCGAGGAUAUUUUGUUCAGGAGUUUUUAUUAAGCCCUGUUCAAUUCGGAAUUUGUAACUCG